GAAAAUACCGUGUCCCCGUUCUCUCCCUCUCUCAGGUGCUGGGAAAAUCGCCAUGAUGGAGCGGGACGCGGAAGUGCCCCUUUACAGCGACACACUUCUGUAAAGUUCUAACGAGUUUCAGGCCUUCGGAAGAUUUCAGAUACUUUAUUAUCAGUUUUCAUGAACGUAUUGUUGUGCGGAAUAGUGAAUAGUGCGUUUUUGACUUUAGAAGGCAGUUUACCUGCUGCGUCAUUUUUGGAGUUCUGACUCAAGCUUCACUUCCUUAUUCUAGGCCAAUACAAGACAGACAACUUUUUGUGGACGAUCGUUGUUUGAUUUUGUAUUUUCUAGAACAGUUUGAUUUACAUUUCAGGUUAAAAUCACAGUUUUGACAUCCCCACACGCUUUGGUCUGUAUAGAUCUAGAUUCUGAAAUCUUUGAGGGAUCCGCGUGAUCGUAAAACUGAGGAUUGAGGAAAGUGUCCCCUCUGCCUCUACUUCAUUGUCAAGUGAGUUCAGUAGUGCUGCUGCUGAGCCUCUUAUAAAAACCAAACAUGAAUUCAACUGUGAAAGUAUGUAUGUUCUUGGUUGUGUUUUGCUGGGGAGUGUAUCUUGUGAGUCCAACUCCGUACACCUGGAUGGAGAGAGAUUCCUGGGACAUAAUCAAUGAGCGCUUUUCCAAUGUUACUGCUCAGAAUUGUCGCUCAAAACACAAGGAGGAGCUCAUGUUGCCAGUGGACUCGGUGGCAGCAGUGCCCAAGUACAAUCAACUGCUCAGCUCCAAGACCUAUUCAAACAGGACAAACCUGCUGCAUGUUCACAACCUGGCACUGAACCGAGCGUUCUUCUACUCGCUGAUCUAUCAGCGGAUGAACCACUCGUGGGAUUUCAACACCCAGCCAGGUCUGAUGUACAUCUACAUGUCCGCCACGGCUGACGUAACUGCCAGUCCGGGCUUCAUCAACGGUUCUGGAAUAUUCUUUGACACAGAUUGUGCCUAUCCUAAUUGGUAUGUGACCUUGGACUUCAACAAAACUAUCGCCCUGUUUGGACCCAAGGCAUGGCGGGCUGAUGACUACAACGAACCCACAAACUUCCUCAGAGAGCCGACAAACGGUACGAUAGACAUUUGGGACUUGGCGGCAGGAAACGCAAAGAACUACACGGACCGGCGAUAUAAGUCCAACCCUUGGGUAGAUUUUUGGUUACCGGACUGGGACUCAAAGACAGACUCGCAGCGGAAGUUCACUUAUUCUGUCGGCAUAAAAUACUCCAAUGUCACGGGAAUGUUUAAAACUGACGCCUUCGAAGAAUUUAAGUUCUUCGGACCUCAGCAGCCAGGUAGUGGAGACCCGGACAUUAUGUUACCAGUCAUUGUGACAAGGCCAUACUUUGACUGUGGUCGUUCCAAUCGAUGGAUCGUGACAGCAUCCAGUCCUGUGGUUGACUUCAUGCCCCGUUAUUCUAACUAUACACAAGUGCGACGACCCAGGUUCGUGGCGGUCUCCACGAUGGACAUCGAGUUUGAGCGGCUGGACAUGAACCAAUGCCCCAUCAUGCAGGGUAACCCCGGACCCAACGCCUUCGCCGGCACGGCACGCUGCCGACCCACCACCGCGUGUGAGCCUCUGAUGGGCUUUGGGUUCCGACGGGGAGGCUACCAGUGCGUGUGUCUGCCAGGCUACUACUACCCCUGGUGGCACGAUGGACCCUUCCUGGGCAUGGAGAUGGAACAGGCCACUCGCGAGGAGUGGGAGGUCGGCUUUGACUGUCUGACCGUGCAGGAUCGUGUGGUCAUCCCGACACAAAUGCCCUCGUUCGUACGUCGCAGGCGGUCAGUGGCCAGCUCCAAGGAUCGCUUCCUGUCCGAAAUCUCGUCCUUGACCCAGAGUCCGCGGCUGACCACCCGAAUGAAGCGCUCGUUGAUACCACGCAUCAAAGCUAUCAGGGAUGAGGUGAAGCGACAGAAAAGAGACGAAGAAGCGGCCAGUCCUAAGGUCACUAUCAAGAAGCGUUACGCAGCGAAACACAAGGUACCAGCGUCCACUGCCCACAAGCGGCGUAAACGUGAGGCCGUAGACGAGCAGUCGGUCAACCGUAUGCUGAAGAUUCUGGAGCGCUUCCAGAAGACGACGGCCGAGAACUGCGAGGAGAAGAAGGCUUAUGAGCUCUUCCUACCUGGGGACGCCGCCUACGGGGUCAAGUGGCAGUUUGAGGGUCAAGGUCGCACAGCUUUGAGACUGGCUCACUUUUUGUCCAACUUCCUGCAGAAUGUGGACGAGUAUGAGGAAUUUGGAAACCUGAGAGGAGAUCGUCGCUUGAACGAGACCCAGAUCUUUUCCGAGGUGCUAGCCAAUGUGAUGGCGGACUGGAAGAUUGUGGGAGCGGGCGUGUUCUUUGACCGCUACAAGUUCCGCAUGUCCCCGCCCGUCAACAACACAGACCCGCGGUUUGUCAAUGGGAUCACCCGCGAGUUCUUCGGGCCCUACGCCUGGAGGAUCAAGGCGACGGGCGUGGGCAGCGUGGGAGGGGCGGACUACUUCCGGGCCAUGGACUUUGCGGGCCUGAAGCAUUACUACACGGACGAGCCCUGGUUCCGCAGCAUGAAGGCCAGAUGGGGGACCAACUUUGUCAACUUGAAGAAGUUCACGGCCAAGCCACUCAUCAGAUCUGAUCUCAAUGGUACCAGCCUGGUGCGGUUUGAAUACUACCCGUACACGUACAAGGCCGCUCAGUACGAGGAUGGAGAGUGGCUGCGCCCGCAGUUCCGAUGUGACAGCCGGCUGGACUCGUGGGUGGUCACCUACCAGGCGCCAUUCUUCGGCCUUGACGACAUCAAAGAGAGGAUUGAGUUCAAAGGAGUGGUGACGGUCGACGUUGACCUCAACGAGAUGGGCAUCAACCAGUGCCCGGGAGACUUCCCCACCGCCAACGCCUUCAAGAACACAGCCAGAUGCGACUACGAGACACAAUUUUGCACGCCUGUGGAGAGCAAGGGGUUCCGGACGGGCUACUACAAAUGCGAAUGUCGCCAGGGCUUUGAGUACACGUUCAACGACCUCAACUGGUACUUUGACGGGCAGCAGAUGGAGAAGGAGUAUAAAAUGAAGAUGCAGAAUGAGCCGAAUAGGUUUGACAGCCUGAAGUGCCGUAUAGCAGGGGCCUCAGCGGCCUCUUCCAGCGCCGUCCUCAUCACCUUGUUGCUGGCUCUCUCCACAUUGUGGCGAUAGGAGACACAUCUGUCGACCUCUGUCCCUUUGACUUUGACGUGUGUGUGUGUGUGUGUGUGUGUGUGUGUGUGUGUGUGUGAGAAUGUGUGUGUGUGUGUAUGAUUUUGAAUGUGAAUGUGACUUUGUCCAUGGAAGAAUGCCCGCAUGUGUAUUCAUAUGUGUGUAAGUGCAGAUGUGUUACAAUGACUUGUUUUAUGUUACUUUCUAUCCACAUCUAUAUUUGCAUAAGUACUUUGAGUAUUAGAAUGCAGUUUUUGUACAAAGUGUCCUUAUUCUGUUGUCCUGAAGACUGGCUUUUUUCUUAUCUAGCAAACCGUUCCCUCUUACUUCUACUGACAGUCUUUCUCUCUCGAGAAGCACAUUUUGGAUAGAAAGAUAUAGUUCUUUCUCCGUUAACAAUGUGUUCUGUAGCGACUUGUUUAUUCUGUCCAUCUACCCAAUUUUCAGGGAACGACUGACUGUAAGGCUCUCCCACCUUUAUCAAUAUUAGGUCAUAGUGUAAGCUUUUUAUAGCAACAAGCUACUUCCCUGCAUGGAAUUGUGCAUGACAUAGAUGAAUUGCUUCGCCUCGGAACUUUAGGUUGUGUGA